GAAGUGCAGCUGUAGAUCCCAGCCUUUCAUCCCGGCACGCAGGAACUCACGACAGUACAAAAGGAGCGGGGCAAGGCAAACAUCGCGGACAGCCAACAGGAAUAAUAUCGAGAGGACGACAUCAAAUCACUUCUUCAACAAAGUCUGUUUCACAAUCUGGGAACCAAACGACGAGAAAACAUGGAGUGGAAGGUAGCAAGUUCUACCGUAACCAUGAUGCUACUAUACUGUCUAUGUGCGGUAGAGGGCGCACCCUCAAGAAAAUCAGUCAUACAUUUACUCCCGAGAACGACCUAUCUGAGGAAAUUGGUCCCCAGAUUCAGACGACAGGCCGAGCCAGGUGCCGGGUCACUGCAAGCAGCAGCAGCUACGACAAGUGCAAAUGUUACCGGUGACGUCACCACACAUCCGCCGCCAGCAGCACCGCUGAACAGAACACACCUGUCAGCGUCUGAAACGGUCAGCCAGGUCGACAUCGACGAGAUUUUGGCAACAAGAAACAUCAGACCAGUGGAGCCUGUUUCAGACCAGCCGGAGGGCUAUCCCGAGGGACUGUUGGGGCCUCAGCGGUUCAUGAUGGCAGUUCCCCCGCCUGGUGUAGCAGGAGUCCCGCGGCUGAGCGCGAAGACCGGAGACGGACAGGACGUGGGCAUCCCCAUCAAGGACAUCGCAGAGGAGGCACAGGCGGAGAUCUUACGUACACGCUGCUACACUCGGUCCUCCAAAGAACUGUUCAACAUCCUGCGGGAGCGGGGAGAGUUCAACCGGCGGUACAUGGCCGUGUCACGGGAGGACGCCAGGAAGUUCCCUAACGUCAUCGCUCUGUCUGAGACCUACGGGGACCCGUCCGAGACGUCGCGCCAUGUGGAUAUCGACCUGGCCAAUGUCGUGCUGAAGGAGCAGAUCAAGAAGCAGCUGUUCAUCGACUUAGACUUACAGGAACCCAGGCCGGCGUCCUUGUCCCAAGGCCUUGCGCAGCUUCUCGCCUUUCCCGUCUCCAGCCGUCAGGUGAAGAUAGACGAGAUCAACACACGUUAUGUCGUACCGGAGAGCCUCGCUAGGGGUGUCGUUCUUCCCGAAGUCCUGAACAUCUCCCGAAGGAUCAUACGCGACACAGGCUCGACAGAAGUGGACUACUGCCUGGAGCGGGGGACGGUGACGGAGGACGGGUACAAGCGGCUGUGUACGGUCUGCGCCGCCACCACAGACCUGGGGGAGGACUUCUUCCCGCGCUACAUCAACGAGGCCAUCUGCAGUACCGAUAGCUCCGAUAGAGGAUGCUUCAUGGUGCAAGGUUAUGGACACGGCACCUGCAAGCAAGGCACGUUCUCUGUCAGCAUCCUGCGGCGGAAGGGCCAGUGCUCGCCCACGGUUCGCGAUGGGACCAGGGUGUACCUGGAGGAGUGGGAAGUCUACUCCCAACAGAUCCGCCUCUUCUGUGAAUGCAUGAUCAACCAACACUCCACAUUCGCCAUGUUUGUCUAGAAAGUUUUGAGUAUAAAGCAACCUCCU